GAGGAUCCGAACGACCCCAUACCAUCCACAAACGAAUGGACUGACGGAGAGAAACAACCGUACGCUGAAGGAGUGGCUCGCCUCGAAGGGCGGUAACUGGGAAACGGAGCUGCCACUGAUUCUACUAACACAUCGUGCCACCACCCAGGAAACAACGAAAAAGUCACCCUUUCAACUGAUGUAUGGUAGAAAACCACGAUUACCAAUACACAACGAAACCUGGCCCCUUCACCAAAAGUGGAGUACGACGAAAUUAAAAGCAGAACGGAAAGAAGCCGUCAAGAAUGUAAUGCAGAAGCAGCGGAGGGAUGUCGCGAAGUCUCAGCUGAGAGAAAAGACUCAGUGCAUUACAUUCUCAGUCGGGGACCAAGUGAAGUGUAGAGACAGAAGAUAUGCUGUCGGAUGCGGGCCAGGUUCACGCAAACUCCUUCCAAAGUGGGAAGGACCAUACACAGUCACAAAAAGACGGGGUCAAGUAUAUACCAUUAGAAGGGGUGACAAACAAAAACGAGUUAACGCCAGUCAGAUCCAACGAUGGGUGCAUUGGGACAAGCCGGUCUGUAACAAUCAUCAACUAGAGGAUGCAUCACCCAGAAGGUCGGGACGCCUUCGCGCGAAGCUAUUUGAC